GCCUUCAUCUCGACGGUGCAAACUUUGGAAUUCCAGCAAAGGAAACUGCUCGCAGAAGGGCAGCAUUCUUAGAAUUUCGAACCUGGUGUUUGGUCUCGAGCGUGGUGAUGGGAAGACCUUCGGCUAUUUCCAUCCAUGAUGGAAACCAAUUUUUUGGUCAACACGCGCCUCCGGGAAAUGAGCAUGGAAUUAAUAUCGACUUCCACGAGCACAAGUUUGGUUUCGCAGCCCAUUGUCUGUUCCCCGCAUCGCAGAUCAUACAAGACACAGCACCGUCCACGCACGUAUAUACCAACGUGCUUGAAGUAGACAACAGGAUCAGAACAUAUCCCGUUCCUGAUUACCUCAAGUCACCGUAUGACUUCCCGCCUAUCGGUGCGUGGUCUUCAUCCCCGCUGAACGCAACAAGGCAGUAUUGGUCGGGCGGCUUCAGAGACUACGUGCUUUUGUACUUGCAUCGGCCCUACUGCCGUGAUGCUUUGUUUAACCGACGAGGCCUGCCACUCCAACAUCAGUAUGGUCCAUCGCUGCUGGCUGCCUGCAGUGCCGCGCGCCGUAUUUAUGCACGUAGUCAAGCGUUCUACCGCGCUCAUCCUGACAAAGCUGGCCCCCUGUGGUUUGUGUGGCACUCGAUUUACAUGGGCUGUGUUGUAAUGGCAGCCCUCAUCGUGGAGAAACCG